CCACCUAUUCUUCUGUAUCUACAUGGUGCAUAAAUUACCUUGGGAUACAAACCCACAACCUUCUCCUUUUCUGACUUCCACUUUCUGUCUUCUGCCUCCUCUCUCCUGCUUGGCUGCUCCUGCAGUUCCAGAUGGCUCACUUGGUUCCUCUCAAGCCUUAUGCUGCUCCCGUGCCUCGUUCCCAGUCCCUCUGUGAUCAGCCAACUAAGACUAUGUCCGCCUUCCCCACCCAGGACCCCUCCCUCACCCCCGCCCCUCGCCCCAUCCACUCCAGAGAGCUCGUGCGUCAAAACUCAGACCCCACCUCGGAAACUCCGGCACCACAGGGGCACCCCAUCAGAGAGGACCGCGGCCCCUGGAUUCGCCUUCCAGAUGUGGAACUACCACCCAAGAUUCCUCAGAGGACGGCGUCCAUCGCCACAGCUCUCAACACCAACCUCUCCUCUGGUAUAAGACACCCAGUCAGAGCCAGGUGCAGUAAACAGACAGAUGUUUCU